ACAGCUUGGGAGACAAGCUUCAUCAUCUUCUCUCUAGGGUUUCUUCCAAUUGUUUCUACCUUGCGUCGGAACCCUAACACUCUCUCACACACUCUCUCUCUCUCUCUCUCUGUGUUAGUAACAACGCUGCCUCUUUUCUCCUGGCUUCGCCGUCUCGCCGAGGUUCCACCAAGAACAACGCUGCCUUGCCUCCCUCCCGUUCUUUCUCUCUCCGUCACUCAGUCCCAGUCUCUCCUCCCUUCUCUCUGUUCCAUCAACUUUCCACCAAGAGCAACCGCAACCCUUCAGAAAAUACACAACAGCGUGUGGUUUAAACAGAGACGACGAAAAUGGCAGCCGUUGGAUUUGGGUCUCCAGGUUUUGGGUGAUUACAUACGCAUCAUUAAACACUUUGCAAAGCACGUGUACGAAAGAAAAUAAUAAAAUCUAAAUAGUGCAAAUGGGUGAACCGAGUUUGAGUCCUUUUCCUCAGCAUCAGGUUUCAGUUUCGGAUACGACUUCUGUUUCUUUUCCAGUUCAGCCUUUGCUUCCAUUUGCAGCGCCAUCUAUUUCUUUUGGUGUUCCAGAACAGUUGAUGCAUAAGAACCGUUUGCAGGAAUAUGCUCAAAGGUCUGCAAUUUCUCUACCAUUGUAUUGCACUGUUAAUGAGGGGUCUCAACAUGCACCGCAAUUUAGGUCGACUGUGACUGUGGACGGGGAAACUUAUACUUCUCCCAACACGUUUUCACAUCGAAAAGCAGCUGAGCAAGAUGUAGCCAAACUUGCACUCGAGAACAUAUUACAAAAGAUAAAAGAUGAGGGUUGCCCUCUCAUUAAUCAGGAUACGGUAUUUUGCAAGUCUAUCCUUCAUGAAUUUGCUGUCAAGAUGAAUCUGGAAAUGCCUACUUAUAACACUAUUCAACCACAAGGGCUGAUUCCAGUUUUCACAUCUUCUUUGGUUUUCAAUGGUGUAAUGUACACCGGUGAAGCUGGAAGAAACAAGAAAGAAGCUGAACAAUUGGCCGCGCGUGCUGUUAUUUUAUCAAUAUUGGGUAAUUCUGGGUCAAGAACCAUUCUUUCGGAGAUAAUUAAGUCUAAAGGCAAACUCUAUGCUGCACUGCAUAGGGUGAAGAGCCCAAGCUCUGGCCAUAUUAACGUUCUACCCCAAGGGAUAAGCAUAGGACAAAUUAACUCUGUAUCCCAAGGAAUAAGCAUAGAUAAAGUUUCUGGGGCAAUCAGUGAGGAUAGAAAUGUUGAAGUGGCUCUUGCUGCCAAUAGCGCAUCAGAAGGUGUAAAUUCAGGGUAUUCCUUAGGAAUGCCUAUGGUGCACCAGGAACUCAACAUUGAUCAAGAUGUUGAAGUGACUGUUGACAACAGUGCAAGAAGAGGUGCAAAUCCAGGGUCUUCCUCAGGAAUGCCUCCAUUUCACCAUGAAUUCAAAUUACCAAAACCAGAACCAUCAUCUCAACCAAUCAAUAUAGAUCUGUCAUCUGAGGCUGUCAAUCUUCCAAUUGCAUUUGUACCUCCUAUGUUGCAACAGCCUCUGGGUGUAGGUCCAAGUUCUGGAAGAAAGCGUAGGAAGAACAAGAAAAAAGCUAACAAGAAACUGCGUCUUGACACUCAGACGCCGAUUGCUACCUUGCCUGUGAAUCAAGCCCCAUCGUGUUCAGUCGCCCAGUAAACAAAAUAACUUGUCCUACUGUGUAUGUAUUUAGUUCGAGGCCACAAAAAACCUUCAUAUUGGAUUUUGUUAGACAUUGUAAAACCUCCUUAUUUUGCACUCCGUAGUUAGAUCUUUUAUUUGGAUUUGUGUGACAUCCUUGCUACCUUGUCAGUGUUGUUGCAUCAAGUGGUGCUUAUAAGUCCUCAACAGAACUUGCACUUGA